AUGAGUUCGAAUAAUACUAAUUAUGAAGCGUAUAUGAAUCGACUCGAUUUUCACGAACAAGUGCGAAAGUUUACGUUAUCUUUGUACGAAAAUUCUGCAGUUCCUAGAAAUGAAGUUCAAUCAACUAUCGAAAAGGUUGGUGAUUUCAUUUCACAAGCACAUACUGUCUUUUUACAAAAAGAAAUGGAUAGAGUUAUGAAAAGUGUACUUGAUGAUGAAACGCGAAGUCGAAUUCAUGCAAUUUUUGAAAAUGGUAAAGAUCCACUGAAAGACUUUUCAACAGAACAUUUACGAUUACAAAAUUAUAAAAAAGAAAACUUAUUUUUUGAGCCGGAACAGUUCGUAAUUGAGCUACCAGGAAUUUAUAAUAGUAUGAAGGAGUACAUGCAGUCAUUAGAAAAUGAAAAUGAUUUGAUUUGUAACAUUACUCAAGGGACACUAUGGAAAUCUAAAUAUCGUAAAGACGGUUUCAACGCUUUUCCUUUCUUUUUAUCUUUUGACGAUAUGCAACCGGGAAACACAUUAGGCAGUCACGCAAGUCAACAAAAGCUUGAUAUGGUGUAUGGAUCACUUCCAUGUCUUCCACCUCAUUUAGUUUCAAAGUUAACUAAUAUUUUUUUAACAACUAUAUUUCAUUCAAACCAUCGAACAACGUUUGGUAAUAGUGCUGUAUUUUCAGAAAUAAGAAAAGAAUUAAACGAACUAGCAACAAAAGGAUUAACCAUAUUUGUCGAUGGUAGGGCAGAAACCGUGUAUUUCAAUUGUUUAUUAUUAAUAGGUAAUAAUUUAGGAUUAAAUAGUUGUUGCGGUUUCACAGAGUCAUUCAAUGCUUAUUAUUAUUGUCGCAUCUGUAACGCGAAUUCAGAUGAUUGUAAAAUAUUGACCGUUGAAGACGAAUCUCUUAUUAGGACUAAGAAGUCUUAUAAUAAUGAUUUACUAAAUCAAAGUAGAGGCGUGAAAGAGAAGUGUAUUUUCAAUGAUUUGCCAAAAUUUCAUAUUACGCAAAAUCAUAGUCUAGAUUUGAUGCAUGACUUGUUUGAAGGCAUUGGUCGAGAUGAAAUUGAAUAUAUUUUGACUAUUUAUAUAUUAAAAAAAAAAUUAUUUACUUUAACUGAGCUUAAUACAAAAAUAAAUCAAUUUGACUACGGAAAUGAAAAGUCGAACAAACCAAUGCCUCUAAUGACUGAGAUUUGUAAGCCGUGCGAUAGAGAAAAAUUAGGAACUCGUACAAAAGUUAAGGCAAAACAAUCGGCUGUCGAAAUGGCUUGUCUCAUACGUUACUUGGGGCCUAUCUUAGGUGAAUUGAUUCCUACUUCAGCAGAUACAAUUGAUUAUUGGAAACUUUAUAUUACAUUAAGACAAAUUGUUGGAAUCGUCGCUGCUCCAAGAUAUGCAAUGUCCGAUAUUGUACAUAUUAAAUCUUUAAUUCAUAAGCAUCAUACUUUGUACAAAAAAUUAUUUGGAAAUCUUAAACCCAAGCAUCACAUUAUAACACACAUUCCGAGAAUAAUGCUUGAAAAUGGACCUUUAGUUCAUUUUUGGGCUAUGAUGUUUGAACGCAAGCAUCGCGAUUUUAAGAAUGUUGCCAAAAAUGUCACUUGCUCGAAAGAUCUGCCUUAUACCAUGGGUUUUAGAAAUCAAAUAUUAUUAAGCUGUAAAAAGGAGUUUACUGAACCGAUAGAUAUUGAAUACAAAUUAGGUUCUUUAACAGACGAUACUCGUAUAUAUUGUCAAAUGACGAAAUAUUUUGAAAAUAUUAUAUCAAUUAAAUCUUAUACGUUUGUUGAGAUGCUAGGGAAUCAAUUUAAAAGUGGCACUGUUUGUGUUUAUGGCAUUAAUGAAGAUGAAGAACCUACAUUUGCUAAGGUCAAACAUGUUUUAAAAAUAAAUGGCGACGUAUAUCUCUUUGCGUGUUCAUUACAGUACAUCGAUUUCGACUACAAAUAUUAUGCUUAUGAAGUUGCAAACAACGAGACGCCCGAUACAUUAAUUAAUAUGAAUGAAUUAUGUUACACACCUCCAGGUAUAUUUUUUGUGAAUAAAAAGUUCAAAUGUUAUAUUGCUACAAAGUUUGAUAUAUAA